AUGGGUUUUGGAUUUGGCGAAGUUGGGUUUCUCGCAGGUGGAUUUUUCAUAUACUUGUUUGCUUUUGUUGAAGAGGCCACCGCACCUGCUGCCAUUACGAACAAAAAAAACAUUCAAAUCUCAAAAUUUGAAGGCGGGAGCCUAACAUGGGACGAUUACAAAACCAUGCGGUUCACGCAGUCGGUGAUCACCAAGACGUUGCGGCUUGGGAAUCCUGUCGCCUUGUUGUGGCGUGAAGCAAUGGAGAAUGUCAAGUUGAAUGAGAAAGUGAUUCCUAAGUGCUGGAAGAUGGUGUGCGCAAUUCAAGAAGCUCAACUCAACUCCGCAUUGUUCGACCGCCCGUAUGAGUUCAAUCCAUGGCGCCAUAAGCAGGAAGUGAUGAACCCAGCUUAGAAGUUGCCAUUGCUGGCGUUUGGAGGCGCCCCGAGGUACUGCCCCGGAGCUGAGCUCGCGCCCGCCAAGAUCUGUAUUUUUCUGCACUACCUGGUGACUAAGUUCAACUUGAAGAGUUGUGGUGAGGACACGGUUUCCUUCUUUCCCGUCCCCAAGUUCAGC